AUGUCGAGCUAUCCCAAUGGCCAAAAUUACUUUGGCCUUCCGAAUGAAAAACCACAAUCCCCCCGGCACCAAUACUCAAGCCAUGCACCACACCCAGAAUAUCAAGAGCACCUGGGGCGCACGUCGGGCUCCAAUGCUGGAGCCGGUGGGGCGUCCCUUCAUGAAGCGCAUCUGCAGGACAAUCAAGGAUCUGCUGCACGAGGCGGAGGAGCGUACACAGCAUACGGGCGCACAUACAAUCAAGGGCGGUACCCCCAAGCAAGUGACGAGGCAUCAUUACCAAUGCGAACCUCUUCGAUUGUCAAUCCUCUAGCUCCCUACCAGAGCCAAUACCAAGGAGUCUCCUCCGCCAUAAACCCAUCCCCUUAUAAUCCCUCACAAUACCCUCAAUCACAAUCACAAUCACAUUAUCCUCUCCAGGUGCAUGGUAGUCCGCCAACAUCUUACACUUCACCAACAUAUCAGGCGUACAACCCGGCUGCAUACCAACCCCACACUACGCAACCUGGUCCGAGCUAUUAUCUAGAUCAACCUGCAAGUCAUGAAAGCCAGACACCAGGUUAUAUAUCAGGCCAGCCGCCCGUUCCACCUCCUCCACCUCAUCACAAUGAACACCAGUAUAACCCUUACACCACAUCUCUCGACAACUACCGGGGAGGUCAAUACCAGGAACCGACAUAUAACUCGAACCCUGCGUCACCCUUAUCAGCGCAGACCGCGCCAUAUUCGCCUCCACCCCCGCCUCCACCUCCGCACGACCCCUAUCUGACCGAAUAUGCACAUUCUGAGCAACCUAGACCUUACGUGCAUGGUGCCUCCUACGUCUCGGAGCGAUACAAUAUCCCAGCAGGGCAACAGCCACAACCGGAGCACUCCGAAUCGCAGACCCACCCCUCAUACCAGGGACGAGCUUCAUCGUUAGCAAGUCGAAUCAGUCCUAACGCUGUUGCUCAGCCACCUUCCCCGCAGUCUUCAUGGCCUUCGCCGAGCAAUCAGCACCCACCACCUGUCCUGCCCCAUCGAGCUGGAACCGUCGGUCGCCAUCCUCAAGAUAGACCUUUACCAGGACCUCCGGCACAGUCAACUUUGGGGCAUGAUUACUUUGGAGAUCUAAAUGGUAUACGAGGUCCGUAUACGCAGAGUCAAGACGGCUUGGGAUACGAUGACUUGAUGCGGGAAGUGGACGAUGCAAUCCAGCAAGGAAGCAGCGGUACAAGGCCAACAGGGCGGAGUGCUCGGAACUUCCAGCCAAGCUCUCAGAAUACAAUCAAUGAGCAAACGGAGCACGGGACUCCAACGUCGACAUCUCCCCGACUUGCAGUGUCGCCUGACGAAAGACCAACGCAUAUCAACGGUGGGACCGCAUCGAUUGGUGGACAGCACACUAACUAUGCUGGGUUCAGCGACGAAAGCGAUGCAGAAGCUGCUGCUGGACUUGCUGCGAUGCAAGCGGCAGAAGAACAGGAAGCCGCUGAAGAGGCGCGGCGUAGAAGCGGUAGCACAUCACUUUUCAGCAGGCAUGACUCACCUCGUGGAUCAAGAUCGCAGCUACUACCUCAGGAUGUCAGCAGCGACAGUGACUACGCCAACGUGGACAUGGGCUUGGUCGGAGGAGGUUAUGGAGCGCCCAUGUCAUAUGGUGAUGAACCGCAAUCUCACUAUGCCGCCGCGGCCGCAAUGCCGCAGGUAGACCCUUACCAACGAUCAAAUCCUCGCAUGGAUUCCCUUCGCAGCUCGGGACGGUCGAGUGAUGGGCGAAGCUCUCAGACAAGUGGCUACGAUUCCAUACCCGCCCAAGAUGCUAUUCAUCCAUUCCCACCAUUCAGGCACAUGGACACGGCCCGAGUAGACACUGGUGGAACAGGAGGGCUUACAGAGCCCAGUCCCCAUCCGCGCCGGCUGAGUUUCGAGGAUGGUGACGAAGCGACUAUGGUAGAUUCAGAAACAGGCCAAACAUCAGGAAGCCUAAGCCCUUCAAAGGAUAGCAUGCCAGACCUCUUCUUCUUUCCUGGAAUGAGCCCACCACGGCCAUUGCCGCCUGCUCCGUCCGCUUCCGACCCUGGAAGAAUUCCUCAUUUGAUACCAGCGGGGACAUUUCCCUCCAUGCAGAGCUCACGCUACGAUGCCAACGGACGGCCCUUUCCUACCGCCCCAAACAGCUACGUACAGUCUUACCUGAACCCUUCCCAAGUCCCUCGGUCUACCUCGCUUGCUAGCGCCCGCAGCGCACCCCGAAUCGAGCAACCUAUUCGUUCGAAAACGGACGCCGAUCGUGCAAAGCUUCUUAAGCAACAGCUUGGAAGUAGGCCUGGCUCGGAGAUAUACGAGACCAGCGGGCCGGCCAGCAGCGUUGGGUUGGAUUUGCCUGCGAUACCUCGCAGGGGGUUUAACCCCGCAAAAUUGACCAAGGAGCAGUACAAGAGAUGUGAGGAACCAUGGGCCUUGAGCUCGAUUGUUGGGUGGAUCCGAGACCUGGCUGAAGAAGAAACUGACCUGAAGGAGCAAGCACUUGUACAAGCAAUCAUAGCACUCUUUUUGUUUGCAGUCCCCACCAUGAACAUGACAGAUGCCGAAUCCCUGGGUGAUCGGGUGGUGACGGAAAUGCUGUCGGCUGGUGCCCUCGUCAAGGAAGAAGAAUGGGUCAAAUUCGGAGCCGGAACUGUGAGUGGCGUCCUGUUUCAGUUGACGAAGAAGGGGUGUUAUUCCUGUAAACUCCACGAGCCAGAGAUGAAAGGCAAAUGCUACUCCUACCACUGCAUGAGAACGUUGAGAAAAGUCGAUUUAAGUCUUCCCAUGGAGUCUGAGAAAACGUCUGACGACUGGGCGACAUUCUACCAGUUGAGCAAAGAAUAUCUUUCUGCUCGGGACAAAAGGGAGAUUGAGCGCCAAAACGUACUCCACGAGAUUGUCACAACUGAAAUGUCGUAUAUUGGAAGUUUGGAUAUCGUAAGGAUCCUUUACCGGGAUUCUUUGAUACACUCGCAACCACCGGUCAUCCAAGCAAGACGACUGACCAGCUUUUGUCGAGAGGUCUUUGGUCAGAUCGACCAAGUGAAAAAGGUCAAUGAGGAUUACCUGCUCGCUCAACUCAAGUAUCGUCAGAGGGAUCAAGGGCCGUGGAUCAUUGGAUUCAGCGACCUCUUCAGGGAGUGGAUCCGGAAGGCCAAGUCAAUCUACAUUGAAUAUGCUGCUGGCUUCCCACACGCUGAUUUCCUAGUAAGGAAAGAAGCUAGUCGGAACAUUCUUUUCAAGCAAUUUCUAGACCAGGCUCGAGAAGACAAGAGGUCGAAUCGCCUUGCAUGGGACACAUAUCUGAAAUCACCAAUCACGAGAUUGCAACGUUAUGGUCUGCUCUUGUCGACAGUGCUUAAGAGCACUACCAAGGACACGGAAGAAAAAUUAAAUCUUCAGUACGCCAUAGACGAGAUAAAGGCGGUUACAUUCGAAUGCGACAUAAAGGUGCAGGAGAUGGAGAAGAAAAUGGAACUUUUAGAGCUGAAAGAUAAGCUACGAUUAAGACGAAAUAUGGAGAAGGAGGUCCUUCUCAAUCUGGAUCAUCUUGGACGAGAGCUCAUCCGUCGGGGAGAUCUGCUGCGGGCUGGUGGGAAAGGCUUUCAGUGGGUCGACACUCACGCAUUGCUUUUCGAUCAUUACCUUGUGCUUGCCAAAGCCGUAGUCGGAAGGGAUUCCGCUGGAGGAGCAAAGUACGAACAUUACGACGUUUCGAAAGUUCCCAUCCCAAUGGACUUGAUCGUGCUGGAAAGCUCGAAUGAUGAUCCUGUAACCAAAGGUUCUGUGAAGAGCAUCGGCGGUAUCAGUACAAUAGCUGGAGCCCCGAGGGCAGCUACUGAUCCGAGACUAGCAAGAACGACUUCGACUAUGAGCGGUGGAUCUGCGCCUGCUACCGUAGUCACUACUAGCGGCUCGUCUACAAAGGACAGCAACAGCAUUCACAAGAGCAUGGUCACCACAACCGUUCUCGAGUCAAACACCAAGGACGACAAGAUCAUGUAUCCCUUCCGGAUCAAGCACCUGGGCAAAACCGAGGUGUACACCUUGUAUGCCCCGUCUCAAGCGAAUCGUACAGAGUGGUGCGAAGCCAUCGUCUCGGCUAAAACGCGUCAUGCGGAAGCACUCUUGGAACAAAAUGCGGAGCCGUUCCGACUUAGAGUUCUCGCAGAUACUGCGUUCGGCUAUGAUUCGCUGGCUGGAAUAUAUCGUCCAACUACUAUUAGAGGCACGCCCCUUGACCGAGCUAUUAAAGAGGUCGAGAAGAAGUACGAGGGCCACAGUCGGCCAGGACCUGUGUGCAGAGCAACAGUAAACUGCGCAACCGCCUUUAACCACCCACCUGGAAGGUUGAUGUGUGCGAUAGGAACGGAUUACGGCGUGUAUUUCUCUGAGUAUGACAAUCCUCGAGGCUGGUCAAGGGCUAUCCAAAUGUCACGCGUAACACAAGUGGCUGUAUUUGAAGAAUUCAACCUCUUUCUUCUGAUCUCAGACAAGUCUCUUAUUGCAUAUCACCUCGACGCAGUGUGCCCACCAUCAGGCACUGCACCUCCACCUAACGAUGCAUCUGCCAGGAAGGCACCUCAGAAACUUUCGGGAAGCAAAGACGUCGGCUUCUUUGCCACUGGGCGCAUGAAGGACCGAGCACUCGUCUUUUACAAGAAACGAGACGGGAUUUCUUCUACCUUCAAAGUUUUAGAGCCUAUCCUGCAAAAGGCCACGAGUACUCGCUCUCGCUUCCUGCCGACUCCGGCGCGCCGAGGGCACACAGAUUUCUUCCGUGAGUUUGACGAGUUCUACAUUCCUGCCGAGUGCUAUGGCAUCAACCUCUUCCAUUCAAGCUUAGCCGUGUCAACGGCUAGAGGCGUGGAAGUCUUGACUCUCGACAAAAAGCACCCCUGGAGUGUCCCCAAUCUGCAAAGUGAACAACCCGAGGCGCAGCCUCAUCUGAGCUCGAUCGCGAGCCGUAUCAAGGACCUAAAGCCACUAGGUAUGUUUCGCUUGAGCGAGGCCGAGUUUCUUGUUGCGUUUGAAGAGUGCGCAGUCUACGUCAACAAGCAUGGUGACGUUUCGCGCGGUGUGGUCAUGGAGUUUGUGGGAAGGGCAACUUCAGCAUGCCUGUACGGCCAGCAUCUGAUCCUUUUCGACAACGAUUUUGUUGAGAUUAGGAAUGCCAUGAACGGCAGAAUGAAGCAGGUGAUUGCGGGGAAAGACAUCAAGAUGCUCGACGACGGCGGAGGCAGCAACACCAUCCGCUCUCCAGGUGGGGGACUUGGUGGAGGUGUGAAUGGUCUUGGUCUGCAAGGCUAUGGGGCCGGCCCUAGGACUGUCAAGAUCAGCAUGCAACACCCUGAACAGGAGCGGAGCAUGGUCGUGGUGGAGCUGAUCGAGAACGAGGGCACUAGGGAAUAG